GGUCCUGUUACCACUCUGCACCCGUACACUACUGUAAUAAUUAGUCUGUAGCCCCAGCCUCUGCCUCCUGAGUCCUGAGCCAGGAUUAUUCUUCCAUUGCCCGUCGCCCGCCCGCCCACUGGAGUUAAGGGCCCAAAGACCGAGAGAGCCAGGAACGAAUACGAAGACGAAUACGCUCCUCAGGGCAAAGCAGCAGUGCUGAGAGUCCUGGAGGCUGUGAGUCCUUGUGAGUGAGUGAGUACUGAAGACUCCACGCCGCAAACCCCCCCUUCCCACCCCCCCAAUAUUCGCCUCCCCCAUCCUGUGUCUGCGUGUUUUUCUCCAUCCUCCACCCUCGCGGAGAGAGGAGGAUGUCGCAGCCGCCCAACAUGGCGAACAACUCCUUCCGCACCUCGCCCGUCUCGGCGCCACCCUUGAUGAACCCCCCACCUCAGAUUUUUGGAGCCUACACUCCUGAGGGAGUGCCAAUACCCGCGACCCUACCAGAUGUUGGGGCCCCAAUGUUCACCGACGGUUCCCUCAUGGAAGAGAGCAAUGAGGCCAAGAGGCGGAGGAUCGCGAGGGCCUGCGAUAUGUGUCGGAAGAAGAAGAUCAAAUGCGAUGGGAAGAUGCCCGCGUGCACACACUGCAUCAAUUACAAGACGGAGUGCGUUUUCACACAGGUCGAGAAGAAGAGGAAUCCUCCCAAGGGGGCAAAAUAUAUCGAAGGACUCGAGAACCGGUUAGGCAGGAUGGAGAGCCUAUUGCGACUGUCUGGACUACUCAACGAGGAUGAUAAUGGACGGACCGAUCUGCGCACGUUAGAGAAGAGAUUGGCAGAGAAUAAGCACUUGUCACAAUCGCUCCGGAGGGCUUCCACUUUGCCCGGCUCGACUACUACAUCCCCAACGCAAAGCAGCCCAAUUGAAGGAAAUGCGUCUACUCCGCGAAGCACCCUGGCAUCUCCAGAACCACAGAGCAGAAUCAGCGAGAGGGAUAAACCUAAGCCCAGUGUUGAGCCAGAGAAGCCAGAAGAGGAGGUUGAGGCUCUUUCGGACAUGAUGUGCUCUUUAGUCACCAACAAUUGCGGCGAAACACGUUAUAUAGGGUCAUCUUCUGGGUUCUCCAUCUUCUCACCCAAAGGUAUACAAUGGGUCAACGAGAAGACUGGCGACACCUCUUUCCAGGACAUGAUAUCAUCAGCCUCUGUGGACGAUAACAAAUGGAUGUACUGGAAACCUGAAGUCUUCGGUGAUCUUUUUUCCAGACGGAUCUACAGACAACUACCUCCCAAGCAUGAAGCUAUAUCCUUGCUCAAAGACUACUUUGAGAACUUCAACUGCAUGUUCCCGCUCUUUCAUCAACCAACCUUUAUGCAUCUCGUCGAUCGAGAGUACUCGCGGAAUCCGUACGAGGGAUCUGGUUGGUGGGCUAGUUUAAACGUUGCCCUCGCAAUAGCACAUAGGCUUCGUGUAAUGAGUAAUCUUGUCCCCGCGGAGGAGGAUGAGAAGGCAUGGGGGCACCUCAAGAACGCCAUGGCCGUGUUCACAGAGCUUACAAUGCGUAACACCGAUCUUCUGAGCGUACAGGCGCUCCUUGGGAUGGCACUAUUCCUACAGGGAACCCCGAAUCCACAACCUAAUUUCUUUCUCGUUGCAGCCGCUAUUCGAUCCUCGCACAGCAUAGGACUGCAUAAGCGGGGUUCUGGCUUCAACCUUAACCCCGUCGAAAUCGAGCAGCGGAAACGGGUCUUCUGGAUCGCAUAUAUGCUGGAUAAGGAUAUAUGUCUACGAUCUGGACGACCCCCGGCUCAAGACGACGAUGAUAUGAAUGUCGAGCUCCCGAGUGCGGAACCAGAAGAUAAUAUUGGCAAUAUCCCGCUGGCGGAUGGAAAGGGAAAGGUCAACCUCUUCCGUCUAAUGUGCGAAUUCGCCACCAUAGAAAGCAAAGUCUACAAGCAGCUAUACUCCACAAAAGCCUCCAAGCAAUCGGAUGGCGAACUCCUCAAUACCAUUGGGGAGCUUGACCAUGAGUUAGAGGAAUGGAAAGAUAGUAUCCCCGUCGACUUUCGACCCGAACACGAAAUCAAAGCUUCACAUACACCUCUAAUCCUCCACGUUGUCGUUCUUCACUUUGCAUACUACAACUGCCUCACUACCAUCCACCGAAUGUCCGUCCAUCAUGGAUAUUGGACCAGUCGACUUUCAAAUUAUGCCAUUCAGGGUCUAAACGCAAAACCACUGAAUCCUCGUAUUUUCUCCUCCGCCGCAUUGUGUGUUUCUGCGGCGCGUGCAUCGAUCCAUCUAAUCAAAUAUGUGCCACAGGGGGACUUUGCUUGUGUUUGGCUCAUUCUAUACUUCCCGGUCUCAGCUCUAGUGACACUAUUCGGGAAUAUCCUACAAAAUCCCCAAGACCCCCGGGCUCGAUCAGAUGUGCGGUUAAUGAAUCUCGUCGUCAACUUUCUGUCGAUGUUAAAUGCGGAUGAGGAGAAUGGUGGCGUGAAGAGGAUGUUGGGUGUCUGCUCAGAAUUCGAGAGGAUCGCCAAGGUGGUGUUAGAUAAAGCGGAGAAGGAAAACCCAACACGACGGAAACGCAAGAGUCAAGAAGAACAGAAGGCGAGGGAACCAGCUCCGAACUCGAACUCUGCCCCCCCACCGCAAACGCCAAUGGCAAACAACAACCAAAAUCUCAUGCCGGGAGUCUUCUCGCCCAGCAUGGCCAACGUGAUGAACUCACAGAACGGCUAUAGUCCCAUGGGCAACAAUGAAUCGCCAAACUCUGGACAAUGGCACCCUGACUAUCCCAAUGGAAACGAAUACAUGACACCGAAUGGACAACCGAAUGGACACGGCGUGCCCCCUUACUCGGAUAUGCAAGGAUAUACGGACGGAAACAGAAUGAACUCGCUACUCAAUAAUACGAAUUCCUUCCAACCACCCUUUGUCCCGCAGGACUUAUGGCAAAUGCCCAUGACCAUCGAAUGGGACUGGGCGGAUAUGACAGGCGGGCCGUACCCCAGCUUUGAGAAUGGCAUCGUGGGCGAUCCGACUUUAGAUAACAACAAUAAUCAACAUCUGCAACGUCAGCAGUGAUUUGCCUCUGGUGCCACUCCGGAGCGAUAUUUCUUUGUCAAGGAUAGGGUCUAAGGGGGGGCAAAAUAGCGGAGUUAAUCGCAUUUGUUGGACGGAGCAGCGUUUAAAGGGGUUGGGGGUUCGAGCACUUGUACGGGUUUUAUGAUACCAGCAACAGCAUCGUUGAUGCUUUCUCCUCUUCAUGGAUUUUGGGUGUAUUUAUAGGUAUUAAAAAGGAUACUCCUACUCUGGG